AUGGCUUCCAAGACUUUCUUCAUUUUUGUGGUUACAGUAAUGCUUCUUUCUCUUCAAAGCAUUGAUACCUGCUUCGCUGCUCGCAAUCUACUUCAAACCGUGCCUCCUGCACCGGCUCUACCUACCAUCCCUUCAAUGCCAAAACCAACAUUGCCACCACCAUUGCCAACUACCCAAGUGCCACCUUUGCCUAAGGCAACAUUGCCGCCGCUACCUACUGGAAUGCCAACCAUCCCUACCAUGCCUACAAUCCCUUCAAUUCCUAAGGUCACAAUGCCACCAAUGCCCACCAUCCCUUCCAUUCCAAAUAUCCCAUCUAUUUCAACCAUAAUCCCAUUUCUCCCUUUCUUGUCCCCACCUCCUUCUACUUCAACUACUAGUCCUUGA